AUGUUUUCCCAAACCAUCAGAAGUCCUACAGCAUGGGUUUGAGGAUUGCUCUUUACUUUCAUCUGCUGUGUGUCUUCAGCAAAGCUGCUUCCAAAAAAGGUGUAAAAUGUGGAGGAAUCCUCGCUCCGUCCUCCAGCGGCAACAUCUCCAGCCCUAAUUUCCCAGGUCUUUACCCGUACAAUGUGGACUGCUCCUGGCUGAUCGUGGUGUCUGAGGGUUCGUCCGUGCUGCUGACGUUCUACCACUUCGAGCUUGAGUACCACCAGGACUGCACCUACGACUACGUCAAGAUCUACAAUGGCGUCUCGGAGGAUGAGGGCAACCUCCUGGGGAAGUUCUGUGGAGACUCCUCACCUCCUCAGUUCAGCUCAUCCUGGAACAUCAUGUCCAUCAUCUUCCACUCCGACCGCCACGUGGCUCAUUCGGGCUUCCUGGUGGGGUACAGGAAAGAUUCGUGUGGCGGAGUGUUGACGGGACUCUCAGGGGUCUUCUUCAGCCCAGGAUACCCGCACGAGUACAGUAACAACGCAGAGUGCUCGUGGACCAUCCAGGUGUCCAACCGUAGCGUCGUCACGCUCGUAUUCCUCGACUUCCAGCUGGAGAACAACGAAGGCUGUAUUGACUACAUCGCACUGUUCGACGGCCCGACACUCCAACACCGGCACAUCGGGAAUUACUGCGGGAACAAGCAACCACCUAACAUCAUCUCCACGUCCAAUCAGCUGCUGAUCGUGUUUAAAUCAGACUUUAAUAUUGGAGGAAGAGGAUUUAAGGCGCAUUAUUACUCAGGUGAGUGCCAGCAGGUGCUGAAAACUAUCAGCGGGAACUUCACCAGCCCCAGUUACCCCAACAUCUAUCCCAACAACAUGAACUGCCACUGGCUCGUGGCUCUGCCCCCAGGCUACAGGAUCAAACUCUUCUUCCCGUUAAUGGCGCUCGAGGAUCAGAACAGUCUGAGCGACUCCUGCGAUUUCGACUCCGUAGCCGUGUAUGAUGGCAGCAGUGAGACGGAAGUCCUGCUGGGACGCUGGUGUGGGGCAGAACAACCUCCGCCUCUGACGUCCAGGACAAACAAACUGCUGGUGGUCCUCAACACCGACCGGAAUGUCGCGUUCAAGGGUUUCACUGCUACCUAUAUGGGAGUGGUGCCGAUGAACGUGAGCUGCACCAGAACCGAGUUUCAGAUUCAGAUUUCCCAGCGGGCUUUGCCCCAGCUGGACCGCGAGAGCGUGUUCCUCGGAACCCCGUCCUGUUCGGCCCAGAUGACUGCGACGAGCUACAAGAUUCUGGCUCGCUUCAUCAGCUGUGGAACUGCUGGUCAGAAACGGCAGAACAUCACCAUGCUGGUGAACACGCUCUACAUCGACUUCUCUGACGGAAAACAGCAGAGCGUGCAGGAAUACGAGGUGCAGUGCGACGCCCAGAGGAAGGUGGCGUCGGUCAGCAUCAUCUCGCCCGAGGACCGGAUCCGGAUGAACGAGCUCGCUCGACUCGCCGAGGAGUCCAAGAGCCUGGAGAGCGUUCAGAGAGCCGAGCCUGAAGCUCAUGAGACCAGUGACAUCGUCUUCAUCAGCGUCUGCGUGCUGGCCGUCAUCCUCAUGCUCAUCGCCAUCGUGUGGCUCGUGCUCCUCUAG